CUAAAAAUUACAAAAAUACAAUGAGAGGAACUAAUUUAACAAUUGUUAAAUUUUUUAUAAUAAUUGUUUCAAUUAUUAUCAUACAGUCAUUAGCAAACAGUCAUGUUAUUGUUGACGCUGAAUGUACAAAAAAUGGUCAACGCUGUGAAAUAUCAAAUCAUAACUGUUGUAGUAAAUCAUGUAUAAUUGUAAACUCUCAGCCCAAAGUAUCAAAAUGUAUUACUUGUAUAAAAUCUGGUCUAUAUUGUAACAUAAACAUAAACCAAUGCUGUAGUAAAGUCUGUAUUCCUAAAAAUAGAAAUGCAUCAGGACAAACCAUAAUAAUGAUAACAAUGACAACCGUAAUAUUAUGAUUUAUUCGGCACUGAUUGUAGGCCUGUGCGUGACAUCACUGUUAGCCACUGUAUCGUUUUAUAUGAUGUGUAUGCGGGCAUCGAUAAUACUAUAGACGUAGACGUAUAGACGUAUAUUUUCAACACUAUUGAGAGCACCCAUUCACCGGCAGGUAGGACAACUCAGGGAUACAAUCACUGGUCAAUUGCCCGGUAUGUUGGACGGUAUGAUCAACAAAGGUGGCAGUAAUUUUAGUGUCGGUCAACCCCAACUGGUAUGUCUGGCCAGAGCUAUAUUGCGUAACAAUAGGAUACUGGUGUUGGACGAGGCAACCGCUAAUGUUGACCAUCAAACCGAAGCUCUCAUUCAGCGGACAAUACGCGAAAAGUUUCGUAACUGUACUGUCAUUACUAUUGCUCACCGAUUGAACACAAUUAUAGACUCGGAUAAAGUGCUGGUAAUAACCGGUGCUUUUAAUUUUAAUAUUAUUUUUUUUUAAUAUUUUUUGCUUUACUAUUUGAAAAAGCAUCGAUAGGUUUUAGA